AUGCUUCGCGGAGCACAGAAGAAGACUUACCCGCUUUUGAGAUCUGGAGACAGCGAGGCUUGCUCUUGGCUUUUGUCAGUGGCCGUUUCACCGGAUGACCGGUCUUAUCGGCCUCAUCCCUUUCGCAGCAGUGUGAUCGCCCAUGCUUUCGACAACCAAUGGUGUACAUGGAACUUGCACGGUAACCCCGUUGAUCCUUCAGACAACAUCCAGCGAUGGUUGAGGCCCGACGAGGAUGGAGCAGACGUCCUUAUCCUUGGUGUCCAGGAGCUCGUGGACCUUGGCCCAAAGACCAUGGUCUUGAACACCUGCGGCGACGAGCAACGCCAGGCCGCCUUGGAGAUGCGAGUGGAGCAGGCUUUGCAGCCGCCAGGCAGCCCGAGCACUUACGUGAAGAUUUGCAGCUUUGGCAUGGUCGGCCUGGCCUUGCUCAUCUACGUUCAGUCCUGGUUGCAGCCGUACGUGAGACAGCUGCGCAUCGACCGGGUCAAGACAGGCUUGGAUGGGAUUGGUGGAAACAAAGGCGGCGUGUGCGCCAGGUUUCUGCUCGGCUCGCUGUCAGUUUGCACGGUCAACGUGCAUCUGGCUUCUGGGCAGCAGGCCGUGAACGAGAGGAAUCAGCACCUUGGCCAGGUGCUGAGCGAUGCUUUCCAAAGCAUGUCCUCCAAGGGCACCCUGCGACCCGCCAAGAACGGCUUCGAGCGCACCUCCUCGUAUCAUGUUGCACAGCAUGACCUGUGCAUCAUCGCCGGCGAUUUCAAUGCACGUUUGGACCUGCCCAAAGACGCUUCCUGGCCACGAGGUCCUCAGGAGGCAUGGCUGGCCCUGGAUCAGAUCAUGCUCGGACAGGCCAUGAGGUUUCCUGUUUACGUGGCUUUCGCGAAGGCGUUAUCUGCUUUCCGCCCACGUACAAGUACAAGAUAG